UGUCGCUGCACUGUCAUUUCUGGGAUCCGCUUCCAAAUCUUGUUUUAAAAACCUACGCCACUAGUCUUUUGCCAGUUGCCCAUGCCAGGCAACUGUGUCAGAUUGUCGACAUCACAAAGCGGAGUGGAUUUUAGAAACAAAAGCAUACAUCGAGCCAACAUCAAUAUCUUCUGGUUGAGGUAGAUCUCGACUAUACACUAAGUUAACCAUCAGGAAAAGGGAGGCCGACGCUUUCCAACCAACACGCUGCAGGCUGUUAUAGCUGUGUAUUGCAGAAAAUACACAGAAGAUGGCUGAUGUCAACCAACAGAAGCCGAGCGCACCAAAACGGGUACUGAGCGUGCCAUACAGAAGACUGUCCGAGGAGGAGGCUCAGUUACCAGCGACUGCAUACGGAAACAGACGCGUUCAAGAAAUUGAUGGGAAUUUCUUUGAGAACUUUGCAGCUCUGUCGUGGAAACAAGAGAAUCAUAGGUUGCGCACAGCACAUGAGUUGCAAAGUUUAGAAAAGGGCAAGAAUGCCAAAGCUAAUGAAGCAGACCAUCCUCCACCAUGUGAGACCAGUGUGGUACCACACCCCAAAUCACACAAGUUAUCAAGAAAAGAGUUUGAGCUGCUGUACAUUGAAGUAUUGUACACAAUCAAGCAUAAAAUUGGUACUACCAGUGGUGGCCAUUCCCCAUACAUCCAUGAUUUAUACCAGUAUGCUCAGGAGUCAUUCAGAGUAGGCCCAGAAGACCAUGCCCGUCUGCUGGCUAAGGCCUCUGAGGAAAAGCCUCCUAUAGUGAUACUGAAUGUGACAGUGGUAGAAGCCAAGGGUCUGGAAGCUAAAGAUGCAGAUGGCUUUAGUGAUCCUUACUGUAUGUUGGGAAUCAUCCCAGGUAGUCGUCUCUCUGGAGCAGCCAAUGCCAAGGACGAGGGAUUUUCUUCAGAUGAGGAGAAACAUCACAAAAAGAAAAAUCCCUUACAGAAGUUCUCUGAAAGUCUUAGAAAAAAACAUGGCAGCAAUAAAGCAGACAAAAAGGAGAAAUUACCUGCUAAAUAUAUUCAAGCAACCACUGUGAAGAAUAAUACACUUAAUCCAGUGUGGAAUGAAAAAUUCAGAUUUGAUCUAGAAGAUGUCAACAGCGACAAGCUUCAUAUUGAUAUUUGGGACCACGAUGAUGAAUCUUCAGUGUUUGAGGCAGCAAAAAAAUUGAAUGAAGUAUCUGGCUUUAAAGGUUUUAGUCGUUUCUUCAAGCAGAUUGCCCAGUCUGCCAGGGCAGGGAGUUCUGGAAAUGUGGAUGACUUCUUGGGAUGCAUAUCAACCAGUCUGCAUGACAUUCCAUCCACUGGCAUAGACAAGUGGUUUUCCCUGCAAGGAAGGAAGGCCAAACGCACAGUCCAGGGGCAGAUACGACUGAAAUUUCACCUUGCCACGCGAGAAGAUCGUGGCAUUCCUGAGGAAGAUAACUGGACAGACGUGCGACAACAUGAAGAUCUGAUGGCAAUUUUUAUUGAACAUGAAAUUCAGAAAUGUGAUGAGGUGUAUAAAUGGGUUGGAGAACUCCCCCAGGCUGCACAGACUAUCCUCCACCAGCAUGCUAUUCAGGGAGACAUCACACCUGUACAGCAAGCCAUGUGUCGCUGGCUGUCAUACAGCAGAAAACACAUGGAGCACCCGUUUGACUAUGAAUACCUUCUUCAAGUCCUUGAAGAGCUGGAAAAAAGCUGGGAACCAGGAUCCCUGUCAAGAGAUGAGGAAGAAUCUGUUGUGGAAUCCUUCAACAUAUUUAUAGAAUACUGCCUGAAUCUCAUUCGCAACAUGAGACACUUGUUUCCACCAACCAACAAAGCUGCAUACCAUAGGCUGGAGUUUGUACUGAAGUGCUUGGUAUAUAUUUAUGAUAUGAGGUUGUUCAAGAAGUGUUGCCCUUUCCAAAAAGAUUUACACUCAGAAGUUGUCCAAGUUAUUAAGAAAGGAAACCUAGAGUGGUAUGAGAAGAUAAAUGCCCAGGUCAAACCUAUCACAAAGCUCAUGGAUGAUGUGACCACAAUUGGAGAGUUACCAGAGGAUUAUGAGAGUGAGGAAGAAACCAUCAAUAGCUUAGUAGAACUUGUUAACAUCAUCAACAUUGAUGCUCACAAAGCCAAGCAUUACUAUCACCCUCUGUUUCAAAGCAUUGUCAAGGUCAAUUAUUUCCCAAGCAGUUACAAACAAAUUGAGAAGCUGCUUGCUGAUGAUGCCGGUGCUAUCUUGGAGGAGGAGCUUGCAGAUGGUGAGGCAGGAGCUGAGAUGAGAGAAGUCAGCAAGCACCAGUCUGUGCUGAGUUCUCCAAAGCCCAAGGAGCUGGGCACCACUCUGUUUGAGCUGUACCUAGCUCUCAAGGAGUUCUACCAUUACAAGGAUCAGUUAUCACACAGUGAUCGCAAAGCUCUCACCAUGCUGAACUAUCAUGAAUGGUUCAAGGGUACUCUGACCACAUGGUUCUCACUGGCCACACAGAAACUGAUGAACAGGACACAUAAAGCUGUGGAGCUGGACAAGGAAUUGGAAAAGGUGGAAGCAGUUGAUCCCCUAAUUAAACACAGCACUUCAGCCGUGGAUGUUUGUUGCUGUUUUCUACAGAUGGUAGAGUUCUGGAAAUGCCUUUCUUGGCCAGAUGUUGCGGGGUCCUAUACAUUUGUCACCAUGCUGACUGACGCUCUUUGCAAAGCAGCAAAGCAUUAUGCAGACAAUGUCCACCAGAAACUGAAGGAGGCUGGUUAUUAUGAUGAGAUAGGACAGUUUGAUGUGACAGAACAGCUGUGCAUUACUAUCAAUAACAUAGAGCAAGUCCGCAAGGCCCUGAAGCCCCUUCCAGAGCAGCUUCAUUUUGCUGAGAUAGAACAUGCUGUGGGCAAGGCUCAUGGGGAGCAUGCUGAGAGACAGACCAGACAGGCACUGCACAAGCUGAUUGAAGGGGCAGAUAAGGAAAUGGUGCAGAAGAUCAAACAAGUGGUAGACAGAGUGGCAGAUAGGAUGAGACCAGACAUUAAGAAGGAUGUAUUUCACCUGUGCUGGGCACCUGAAGCUCUACCUGCAGAAAAGGCUAUCAACCAUUUGAUGGAAUACCUGGACAGUAAUUUGUUGACCCUUAACAAGCAUCUCCUUAGAACCAACUUUGAACGUAUUCUCGACUCCAUAUGGGUGGAAGUACUGGAAGAAAUAAAGGAAGUGAUAGCUCAAGAGGAAGAAGGGAAAACAAAAUCUUUCUAUGAAAGGCUGUAUGACUCCUGCAAGAUCUUAGAAGAUUUUUUUCAUGCCGGCAAGAAAGGGCUGUCUAAGACACAGUUGUAUUCAGAACAGUACAGGGAAUUACUGAAGUUAAUGGAGUACAACAGGUCAAACACACCAAGACUAAUAGAGUUAUAUUAUCAGCAGAGAUUAGAGGAACAGGAAGCACUGGAGAAGCAUGAAUAUGGUGUUCUAACUGUGAGAGUAUUCUACAGAGAUGACCAGCUUGUUGUAGAAAUCUUACAUGCUAAAGAUGUCAUUCCACUGGAUAGAAAUGGAUUAAGUGACCCCUAUGUUCUGAUAGAAUUGGUCCCAGAACAUGUGUUCCCUGACCAGGAAGUCCAGCAGACACGGGUGGUCAAGAAUAACCUCAACCCUCUUUUUGAGGAGACAUUUGAAUACACAGUGAGUAAGAAGCAGUGCUGUCACCAUGGAGCCUCUAUCCUCUUUACUGUGAUGGACCAUGACUUGCUGAUGAAGAACGACUAUGCUGGGGAAGCCAUUUUCUCUCUCAAUGAAGUCCCGGGCAUACACGGAGAGGAGGUGACCGGAUACGAGGCUCUGAAGGAGUCCCACCUUCCUCUCACUCAGCCAAGACCAAAGAUGAGUGGUGCACUGUCUGUACUAGAGUCCAGAACGGAUGACAAGAUGGCUCAGGAUUUUGUCAAGAAGAGGAGAACCAUUGAAGAAGAAGCUGCUGCAAAUUGCAAACCAGAAUCUUAAAUGUCUGAAAGAAGUUGGAUAUUGAAAUAUAUUCAGUGCUUUGUUUUGUUCAUGUGUACCAACCACAGGGAAAGAACCAAAGAGAGAACAGCUCCAAAUGCUUGACUCUUUCGCAGCAUUAUCUCUGUUUUUUAGACUGUGGUGUGGCAUGUGCUUGUAAACAGAGGUGGAAGUGCGUGUUGUUGUCUCUGCAAGAUGUUAAGGAGCCAAUCUCCCUUUUCCACUUAGAACUAGGAUUUUCUUAAAUGUUUGUCAUAAAUGAUGAGGUUGGCAGCUGACAGUCACAUGGGUUGCAGGUUAAAGGAAAGUGACUGCAAUGUAGUUUUCCUUUUAAAGGUAUGGAUUUUAAAACACAUAUAAAACAUUCCAGGUAUUAUAUGGAGCAGUUUUUUUUUAUAUUUUACAAUAAUGAAAAUAUACGGCUUUUGAAUUGGUACAUUAUAACAAUUGGACUAUGUGUGCCAGAUGUAUUAAUUAGAAAAUUGGCCAAAAUAGGGUAUAUGACCAGUUGCAGAAGGUCAGACACAAUCAAGGUCAUCAAACUGACCCCAGUUGAAGUGUAUGACAGCGGACUGUUGCAUCACUGGCAAAUUAUUUGGUUGCUACAAAAUAUGAGAUCAUGGAUGUUGUUGCUUUUAAUCAAAACAGUAGGUGAUUCAUUUGCAAGUAAAUGUGCCUACAUAAGUAAUUGGUUUUUCAUAUUUUAAAAUUAACAUUUUUUCAUCUGCUACAGUGUUUUGUUUUCAAUCCAGAGAUCUUUUUU